AUUAAUAUCGCAAUUUUUUUUUUUUUUUUUUUUUUUGAAACACGAAUUACUCUGUAGCUUUCACAAACUUUGACUGCAGUUAUGAACAGCUUGAGAAUAAUUGCGAUUCAGUUUUAGUUUCGUUUCGGUUGCAUUCAGUGUUCCUCGAGAAACCCGGAUGGAAUUGAGUUUUAUCCGGGUUACUAUUAUCCGGCUUCAAAGUCUGAAUGUGAGUACUACAUCUGAAGAAAAAAACCCAUCAGCCUGGAUUUACUAGAGGUGUGAAUGUUUGAAAUGCCUGCAGUAUGGCAUCCGCACGGCAGUCUGCUACAGAGUACCUCAGAAACGCCAGGAAAGACCUGGUGACUCAUAUGAAAAACCUUCCUCUGAUCAUCGAGAAUCUUUAUCAGAAGCAGGUUUUCAGUCACGAUGAGGUCGAUGCUCUCAAAGCUGAGAGGACAGAGUUUGAUCAAGCCAGAUGUGUACUGGAUUGGGUCGUUAACAAAGGUGAUACGGCCAGUUAUGAAUUUCUCCAGGUUCUGGAUGUCACUAAGAAGAGGACAUUGGAUCCUGGUUUACACUUCUGGAUCAGCUGUUCUCCCUUCAGAGAUGAAGACGCAGAGCCCAGCUGUUUAUUUGGUACAAAGCCCUGUCAGAUCUACCAGACACAGCUCAAGGUGAAAGCAAAAAGUAUCCUGAAGAACCAAAGCAAAUAUCUGGGUGACAAUGUACAAGGAAACUUCAGUUUUACACCUCUUGUUAUAAAGACCGACUCUGUCAUACACACACAAUACAAAAUAAAAUUGAAAAUUAAAAAAUGUAAAAAACUACGUCCCAAGAAGCUAAGAGCUUACAAUCCUAACGAGGAAAAAGAGUUAUCACCUGACGACCUCCUGAGAUGGCCGGACAAGAACAUCCUCAUCAUCGGCAAACCUGGAGUAGGAAAGACUUCAGUUGUCCAGGAAAUGCUGCGUCUUUGGGCAGAGAAGGGUGACAGACAGAUAGACUACAUGUUUUACUUUGAUCAGAGUGUUUUGGCCCACAGUAGUGUUGCCAGCUUGGAGUCUCUCUUGUUUGAGGUCUACUCAAAACCAAUGGAAGAAGACAAAAAAGACAUAUUUCAAGAUAUUGAGGAAAACUCUGAGAAUGUUGUCAUUGUGUUUGAUGGUGUGACGGAUUUUGAAGAAAAAUCCAUCUUAUGGAAGAUAAUGACGCACGAGCUCCUGCCGGAUGCCAAGAUUGUGAUCACAUGCAGAUCAGAGGAGGAAGAUGAUCCUCUUUUCUCUGACUGGCCGACACGGACCGUGUAUGUACAAGGAUUCAGUGAAUGGUCUAUCAGCACUUACUAUCAGAAGAUGUUGGGUCAUGAUCCUGUUCUUGUGGAAGCUGUUUUGAAGAAUCAAGAGCUGUUCAGCCUUAGCCACAUGCCAAUGUAUGCAUCUAUGAUUGUAGACUUCAUUAAGUUUAAAAAUGUCACUGAAUGCAACUAUCAUCACACAGUCACUGAAAUAUACAUCCACAUUUUCCGUCUUGCUGUGAAGAAACAUGGGAAUAAACAAAAUAAGGAAAUAGAUAAGUACCUAAAGGAGAAGAAGGAUCAGAUUCAUAGAUUGAUGGAAAAUGCUUUCAAUGGCACUAUGCAGAAGUGCCUGAACCUUUCAGAUUUUAGCAGUGAUGAGACGGACAUUUGUCAUGCUUUUCUGAAAAUGAUCACAACAACAGACUCUCCAACAUCUGCAACUACAUAUUGUGCGUUUCUCCAUAACACAAUGCAGGAAUUCUUCUCGGCUUUGUGGCUUCUUGGACAUCCAGAUGAUAUUGAGAAAGUCCUACAGCUCUGUCAGACUGAGGAGCAUAAACACAUGAGACAUGUUCUUCCUUUCUUAUGUGGACUUCUGAGUGAACACAACACCAGACUCCUCAAGUGUCUCUUCCAAGAGGAUCAGAUAAAGGAAACAUCUGACUGGCUGAUUGAGAAGCUUUUGGACACAUUUCUUCAACCUCAGAGUGAAGAGUUUGAUCUUCUCUAUGUGUGUCAGUGCUUGUAUGAGCUCCAGUCUCCUAAAGCCUGCUUAAUGUUCCUGGAGAAGAUGAACCAUCAGAUUGAACCAGAAGUGGAUCUCGAUUCUCAUCAGAGUUGUGCUCUGUCUUACGUGAUCGGUCAGUCCAGAGAUAAAGAGGUUAAUCUGAAUCUGGACGACUGUGACGUUACUGAUGUAGGAAUGAUCAUGAUGCUCAGCUGCUCACCAAACAUCAGGUUAAAGACUUGUAAAGAACUCCUGAAGCAAAUCACGUUCUUUGUAGAAUUUUUCCAUAAAUCAUCUCAUUGCGAAUGCAAACUUCUUGCGGUGAGAGAACAAUACAACCCAGAAAAAUGCAAUGCUCUGCUGGAUCUGUGCGCUCAUGUGAAGAACUAUGAGACUCAAACAGGCAGGAGUUUUCUUCCAGCAUUACAGUCAGUUUUCCAGUCACCUGAUGAAUGGAUCAUAGAUCUCUCAAAGAGAAAGAUCUCCGUCCUCCUGGAAGUGCUGAAGCUCCAGACAGAGAAGAAACCAGUGAAGCUGAGAUGUUCAGAGGAAGAGAGUGACGUGAAGAGUUUCCUUCAGUGUCUGCAGCACAUCUCACAGCUGAGAUUCUCUGAUUCGAGUGAAAGCAGAUUUUUUCUGAGUCUCUUCAUGAAAGCAGCAGAGAUUGAGACACAGACAGGAGAACAGAUGCUGGAACAGUUAGCAUCAGUCUGCGCCAGCUUUUCUGGUUAUGGAUGGACUUACAUAUUUAAUAAUAUCGAUUUCCUGCUGGAUCUGUGCUCUCAUGUGAAGAACUAUGAGACUCAAACAGGCAGGAGUUUUCUUCCAGCAUUACAGUCAGUUUUCCAGUCACCUGAUGAAUGGAUCAUAGAUCUCUCAAAGAGAAAGAUCUCCAUCCUCCUGGAAGUGCUGAAGCUCCAGACAGAGAAGAAACCAGUAUAUCUGAUAUGUUCAGAGGAAGAGAGUGACGUGAAGAGUUUCCUUCAGUGUCUGCAGCACAUCUCACGGCUGAGGUGAGAACAUCUGUCAUCU